AUGCCCGACAUCGAUCCCGCGGCAUUGAGCCGCCCAUCCAUCAGUGUUCAGACCCCUCUUCUAUCAACAAAAUCGCUAUCGAACAUUGGAAGUGCACAAAAGGCCAAAUCUAGCCAAAUCCCUGUUCGCAUUGACCUCGAGCCUCUCUACAGCGAACUGAAAUCUUCAAUCGGCGCUGAGCACUGGCAAAUAUACAAGGAAGCUACAACGGAAUUCUUUAUCGGUAGUCUUAAUCAAAACGAAUACUCCCAGCGAAUCGAUGCGAUUCUUGUCGGACAAAAUGGAGACAAAAGCCAUCUGCAUAACCAGCUUAUGGCUGCCAUUUAUGGAAAUGUCACAAGGGAAAUGCCCGAUCAAGGGCUGGCUCCCUGGGUCAGUUCCAACGAUAAGCCGGCGGCCAGUGCCAGCAAGGCGGCUACCGGCGAUGCCACGGAGCGCCGAUUAAAAGGCGAUGUUAUGCAGCUACCCGCGAGGGAUAGACGGCGCAUCAAGGAUUUAGUGCACAACGAGUCCGAUGUCAACGAAAACCUUUCGAGCUUUUUUUUGGAAUCUCGGCGAAAACCAACGCAAGAUGCAUCCAGCGCUGCCGGUGGUAUUAAUAACAUGAAUUUCGAUUUAGAGAUUCGAAAACGAUUUGCACAGCCGCUAGCCAUCGAGUCCGGCGAAUUUCCCGACGUUGGCCUCAUUACGGGCCGCAUGCUACCGUUUUGCUACGAAGCGGGCCUUCCAAGCGGACAUGUUGCAGAAGCACCUCAAUUAAUGUCAAUCGCUACGGAUGCUUUUAUCAAAGAGAUGCUUACGCAGGUAUUUGCUCGUACAAGAAGCAACGGCGCUGGAGACUCGGGGAGCGCUGGCUACGGAGUGGGCACGCAGUGGAUACAAACACACAGCUAUAAACGCCAAUUGCAUCUUGAGGAGGAGGCUGCGCAUCGUGGCGAGAUUUCGCGCGACAAAUCCGGUCUUCUACCCGUGGAAGCGCGGGCCGCGGGAGAGCAAGGCCCACUAAGCAUGGCAGAUGUCCGCGUGGCUCUGGAGAUUGCAGACUCGAGUAUGUCUCAAUUUCCUAUCGUUACGCGCCAAAUACUGUGCGGGUAUCGCGAAGGCGAACUUGAAAACUGGAAUGAUCAUACGUGGAUCAAGGGCUACGAGCCAGUUCAUGUGGAAGAACUGGCAAACGGAUACGACCUCUCCGCGUUUUGCAACGGGACAGACCCCAUGGACAUUGACAUGGAAAUCGGUUGGGAAGGCGCAGAGGAGAACGACGUGGAUAUGCUAGAUGGCAUGCUCGACUCGUGCCUGGCCGUUGGAUCAUAG